AUGGCCAACAAUGGCACCUCAUCAUCCCCGCCUUCCAUCCGCGUAAACAAGCUCUCCUACGCCUUCCCAGACGGAUCCUCAGGCCUGCAAGACAUCUCCCUCGAUCUCCCGGGCGGCGCACGCUGUCUCCUCAUCGGUGGUAAGAAGAACCCCCUCCCAUCCAAUCCUCAACGCUAAAUCCUCAGAGCAAAUGGCGCGGGCAAGACCACCCUCCUCCGCCUCCUCUCCGGCAAACGCAUGGCACCCGCGGGCACGGUCGCCGUAGGCGACGUGGACCCCUUCGUCAAGGGCCUCGAAGGCGUCACCUACCUCGGCCUCGAAUGGGUGCUCAACCCCAUCGUGCGCAGCGACAUCGCCGUCCCGGAACUGCUGAAAUCCGUCGGCGGCGACCACUACCCGGCGCGGCGCGACGAGCUGGUGCGCAUUCUGGACGUGGACCUUUCCUGGCACCUGCACGCCGUGUCGGACGGCGAGAGGCGGCGCGUGCAGCUGUGCAUGGGCCUCCUGCGGCCCUGGAGCGUCUUGUUGCUGGAUGAGAUCACCGUGGAUCUCGACCUGCUCUCGCGGCAUAAUUUCUUGCAGUUCCUCAAGCGGGAGACGGAAGGGAGGGAUUGUACGAUUGUCUAUGCGACGCAUAUUCUGGAUAAUCUGGCCAUGUGGCCGACGCAUCUGGUGCAUAUGGCCUUGGGGAGGGUGAAGAAGUGGGGAGCGAUGGGCGAUUUUGAGGUGGCGAGGACGGACGGAGGGGUGGAAGGAAAUAGUCGGUUGGGGGAGCUGGUGAUGGGUUGGUUGAGGGAGGAUCUGGAGGAGAGGGGGCCGAGGAAUGGGCUGAAGUCGGAGGGGCAGACGUAUCCUGAUUUGGCGGGGAAGGGUGGCUAUGGGCAGUUGAAGAAGACGUGA